GCAACCCUUACUCCUCCUCCUCCUCUUUCUCCUUCUCCUCCUCCUCUCCUGGAUGGCCGCAGCGGCUGGAGCUGGAGACUUUCUGCGUUCUGUCUUUACUUCAUGCCUGGCACACCAACAAGUGCAUUGCUUGAUCCUCCAGAAUGUAUUCUGCUAACCCAGCCAACUGGGUCACAUUUGAUGAUGAGCCACUUUCUCAGUCCCCUCAAAAAUCAAAGAAUUUUCCACUUGAGAAUCACAGCAUCUCUAAACCAAAUGGACUUAAGCUGAACCUCCCUGGCCUCAAGGAAUCCUAUGGUUCUUCAUCUACAAGUAGUACCCCUCUUUCUUCUCCCAUUGUGGACUUCUACCUAAGCCCAGGGCCUCCAAGUAACUCUCCCCUUUCCACACCUACCAAAGACUACCCGGGCUUUCCUUGUAUUCCCAAACCAGGGGGGAUUCAUGCACUUUAUCCUAUUCCUGAAUGGCCUUCAAACAGCCCACUUCCAACACCAGGGACAGAGUCUUCAUUGUUCCCUUCUAAACUCAGCAAUCCUGCCCGUUCAUCCACACCCAGUGAUCAUUUGUGUAAGCUUCCAGAUGUCAAAGCUGAAUUUGUGGAUGAAAGGAACCCUCACCCUCACCAAUCAGAAAUCUUAGACCAUCAACGUGACUUUCCACAGUUUCAGUAUUUUCAAGAUGACUGUGCUUUUUCAAGUCCAUUUUGGAAAGAAGAGUCUUUACCUAGCAGCUCUCCUUUCACUUUUGACCCUGAAGGAAAAAAUCAAAGGUCUAGCAGAAAGAUGACACCUCCUGAACAGAAAAGUCUCAAUCAAUGCUCUUUCAAUUAUGUCUGUGAAAGACUUGAACACCUGCAAGCUACAGAUGAUGCUACAGAUUCAAUUGGAAGCCUGCCUAUGCGGUGUCUAUACACUGGAGACAGCAGCCCAUCCUUUGUCCCCCAUACAUUAUUCAGAAGUCAUCAGAAAGUUGGGUGGUCCUUCAUGCUUAGAAUCCCUGAGAAGAAAAAUAUGAUGUCUUCUAGGCAGUGGGGGCCAAUAUUCCUGAAAGUCUUGCCAGGGGGCAUUUUGCAAAUGUACUAUGAGAAGGGAUUGGAGAAACCAUUUAAAGAGCUUCAGUUGGACCCAUACUGCAGACUCUCCGAACCCAAAGUAGAGAACUUUAGCAUGUCAGGGAAAAUCCAUACUGUGAAGAUUGAGCAUGUGACUUAUACAGAAAAAAGGAAAUACCAUUCUAAGACAGAAGUAGUCCACGAGCCAGAAGUGGAGCAGAUGUUAAAACUGGGGACCACAGACUACCAUGAUUUCCUUGAAUUUUUGAGGGCGGUAGAUGAGGAACUGAUGAAACUCCCUCCUCUCUCCAAACAAAAAAGAAACUAUGAAGAACAAGAAAUUUCCCUAGAAAUUGUGGACAACUUCUGGGGAAAGGUCACUAAAGAAGGAAAGCUAGUUGAAAGUGCUGUAGUUACCCACAUCUACUGCCUCUGCUUUGUGAAUGGAAAUACAGAAUGCUUUUUAGCUUUAAACGACUUUGAGUUGCAGAAGAAAGAUGAGCGCUAUUUUGAGAGAGACCCAGAAAAGAAAGGAAUUGAAAUUCUUGAAUACCAUUUUCACAAGUGUGUGAAAGCACAAGAGUUUGAACAGUUGAGGAUCAUUAAGUUUUCACCCCUGGAUGCUUGUAGAUUUGAGCUGAUGCGUUUCAAGACAUUGUAUGAUGGGGAGAGCCUUCCAUUUUUGGUGAAGUCUGCUGUGGUUGUCCAGGGUGCAUAUGUUGAGCUUCAGGCUUUUGUCAACAUGGCUUCAUCUGCUCUGACCACAACCCGUUCUAGUCCUUUGAGAUUCUGUGACAAUAUAAUGAUACAUUUUCCAGUCCCGGCUCAGUGGAUCAAGGCACUUUGGACCAUGAAUCUCCAGAGACAGAAGUCCCUGAAGGCCAAAAUGAACCGCCGGACAUGCCUUGGCUCAUUACAUGAACCAGAAUCGGAACCUGUCAUCCAGGUCACGGUGGGAACAGCUAAAUAUGAGAGUGCCUAUAGGGCCAUUGUGUGGAAGAUAGAUCGGUUGCCAGAUAAAAACUCAAGUCCUGAUCAUCCCCACAGUUUGUCAUACAAACUAGAACUUGGAUCAGACCAAGAAAUACCUUCUGAUUGGUACCCGUUUGCAACGGUUCAGUUUGUCAUGCUUAACAGUUAUGCUUCAAAAACAGAAAUGAAGUCUAUGGGCAUAGAGAGUGACGUCCAGCCCCAGAAACACGUUGUUCAGAAAGCUUGUUAUAAUUGCCAGGUUGAAAUAGAAAAGAAAUGGAUUAGAAUUGAUGGAGAAGACCCAGAUAAAGCUGGAGACUGCAUAACUCAGUAGAAGAAACAAGACCUGACAAUGAAAAAGAGUGACCUGUUCUUCAGAUAUGUACUUCAGAGAAAAUAACAAUAAGAGGUCUCAACAAAUGACUUACUAUUGGAUAGGAAUAGAUACUGAACCUCCCAGAUGAGAAAAUUCACUCAGCCAAUACUGGUCUCCAACUACAAUCACCUAGUGGGAUGAAAAAGUUCCACUUUGAACAUUUGUGUUAUUUAAAGUACAGCAAAGAGAAAAAGGGCCAUGGUUUGUGUCUUGAGAAGUCUAACAUCUGAAAUCCAUCGCAGCCUCAAUGAUACCCUCAAGAGAUUCAGGCCCUCAGUAUUUGGAUCUAAAACUAUUUUCCUCUAUAUAAGACUUUUGCUUCUUGAAACUUCCUGGUGUUGAUCCAGGUAAUUGAUGUGAGCUGGCAGCUAGAUGACCCAAAGUAGUUGCUCCUCUAGGGUAUUCAGUGUCUGACAGCUUCUGAAACAUUGCUUCUCCUCCUUUAACCUGGCUAUAUACCUUCUUUUCCUAUUGGCACCUUUGUUAGAGAAUAAGGAGAUGAAACCCAAACUAAUCAAUUUAGCUUCUUGCUAAUGGCAUUGGAAAAGGGCUUUGAGUGAGAGAAUGUUGAAAACAUAAUGUAAAAAGGAGAUUUGGGAUAUAUACUGUCAAGACCUGUUAUUACACUAUUACUUGCUAGUCCUUUGACUUUGGGCCAAUCACUUCAAUCUCUUUGAGUCUCAGUUUUCAUUUCUAUAAACUGGGGAUAAUAAUAUCUGGAGCUCUACCACCCGGGGGAUGAUCGGUCAUCUAGUCCAACACCCUCAUUUUGCAGAUAAGAAACUAAAGCCCAAAGAAGUUCAAUGGCUUCUCUAGGGUCACUCAUAGUAAGUGGUAGAGCUGGUAUUUGAAUUCAGGUCUUCUUCAUCCCUGUCUGCUGUAGUCCACUACUUGGGAAGCACUCUAGCAAAAUAUGGCAGGAUUAGGGAUUUAAAUGACCAGUGCCUUCCUUGGUUUGGUCUUUAGCAGAAUGGAGAACUGAGAAUUGACUAUAUUUAGAAAGUGUUUUUCCACAAUUUCUAAUGAUUAUAUCUUUUAAUCAUUUUUGGGGGGUGGGACAAUGAGGGUUAAAUGACUUGUCCAGGGUCACACAGCUAGUAAGUGUCAAGUGUCUAAGGCUGGAUUUGAACUCAGGUCCUCCUGAAUCCAGGGCCGGUGCUUUAUCCACUGGGCCACCUAGCUGCCCCCCCCCCAUGAUUAUAUCUUUAUAUUCUUUAUUCACUUCAAGACUUGUAUGGCUUCUGAUAUGUGCUGCAAAUGUAUAUGACAAACUUAAGAAGUCAUUCAUGUGGAGAAAUAGUUUAUUUUGGCAAGUCAACAAGAUAUAUGAAUGACCUUUUCCUUGAAAGGAUACUCCUUUCAAAAUGAAAUCAUAACAUUGUGCCCAUUGUACUUCUGGGCUUUGAUAACCCUGAAGCCUCAUUUGAAUAGUAGUUAAAAUAUGCAAGUGAUUUCAAAUGAUUAUUUAAAAAAAUAUAUGAGUAUUAUUCUUCUAAAGUUGAAAUACUAAGAAUAUGAACAAGUUAUUAGCCUAAAUUAUUUUUUGAACCCUGAGAUAAGCCUCAAAGUGAAGAGAAAUCCAAAUCAUAUAGCCAAAUAAUUAUAAUAAUAAUGAUUUUCUCCGUUGGGCAAGCUAAGCAUAAAGGAAUUAGAUGUGAAAUUAUGAAAUUAUUCUGAACUGGACACAUAAGGUAUUGCAUGUCAAUGAUUCUAAAACACUAGGUAAAUGAUUAUGAUCAUUGGGCAUCUAUUGAAAAUCCCACUGCAUUAGCAGAUUUUAUUCUGCUUCUGAUUUUAUACCCCUCCCCCUUCUCCCAGCACACACACAUUUGAGGGAAAGGGCUGGUUUUCUAAGUGUAACUAGUCUUACAUUUCUGUAUAAAUAUCCUGAAAAUGAAGUCUCUCAGGGAGACUACCCUUCACUUAGUGUUCAGUCUUAAACAUUAUUAAAAGCUGUUUGUCAUUAUCUACUAAAGUCCCCUUCUGAAGCAAUAAGUGGUCUAACAUUUUCCCAGAAAUUUAUCUGUUUGACUUAAAGUUUCUUGUGUAGAUUUUAUUUAAUAUUGUAUAGCAUUCAUUUUAAUCUAUUUGCUCAAUAAACCAGAUUUUUUUCCUUUUCCAUUUGUUGGUGGUUUGCAUAAGUAAGCAAUUUUUUGUUGCUUCUUUUAGUAUAAAGUCAUAUAAAACAGUUUAAUGUUGAACUACAUUUGUAUUAGUAUUUUAAAAACUGCUCUUGAUUUGAUGCUUCUUUAUGAUUCUGUGACCUCAUCGGUGUGGGUACUUUCCUCUAUCAAUGCAGAUCAAAAUCUAUUCAUGGCCUGCAGUUCUUAUCCAUGCCUUUCUAUAUACAUCCUUUACAGUCAUUACCCAACAGGCCUGAGGCCUUCCUCCAAAUCACUGGAUUCAAAUAUUUAAUACUUAGAAUUCGUCUUGGAUGAAACAGAGGGUGAAUUGUUAUAUGUUUCCAACUUCCCCUUUAUAAUCUUCCCUCCUUUCAUUCUCUUUCCCACCUCUCCUUCAUCCAUUUCUUUUUCAUCUGAUGUGCCCUUCUUCUUUAACUCCAUGGAUCUGUUUAGCACAAAGUAAUACAAGAGGGGCUCAUCCUCUGAAUCUUUAAGAUGGUUCUAAGGAAUUUCAUUGGAAUAAUUUUUCCAUUUCUUUAUAAGCCUAUUUUAUGCCCACAAAGAACUUAGAUCUUGAUUCAAAUGAGUUCAAUGAAUAUUUAAACUUGGAAAUAAAUUCAACUAAUGACUCAAUUAAUUGCCCCUCCCUGCUCCACAAGUUGGCAAUUAUCUUUGGGCAUCCCACUGUCAGGGUCCUUUCCUCACAAUGACAGCCUGCUUCUUUGGAGAGUCUUGAGAUUCAGUGUGCAGAAUAUAACAAAAAGUGUAGCUAAGAUCCAGCCUGAGAGUCUGUGGGAAGGCAAAGGUUGAUGGCAUUAACAGCGGUAUGCCAUGGCAUAAUUGUUCAUUUACACAUUUACGAGGAUCCUUAAAUAUUCAUUACUUAGUGUUAAAUUAACAUUCUGUGAUAGAGAAUGGGCUUCUUAGCAAAAUUCUUCUGACCUUUGAAAUGGCAGGAGGUCAGAUGUGACACAGGGACUCAAGCAAGAAGCCAGGAAGAGUCAAUUAGAUUUACAAAUUAGAAGUAAAAUGUUAUCUCCUAGGGACAAGCAAGUAAGAGAUAAUUGCAAAGAAACCUGAUUGAGGGGAGGUGUGGUAGUGGCACACUUUGAAUUCUGCUUUUCUGUCAGGUGUGAUCUAAAAAUGUCCCCAUGAUCUGUGAAUUGGACUGUCUAGGAUACCACCUAUUAGAUCAUUUUAAGUCUUAGAAUCAAAAGUUAAUUCAGUUGUCAACAUGGCCAUUUUGGACAGUUGACUAGAUAGCAAAUGGCUGAUCCUGACCUGAUGUUUUUUAAUAGAAAUCAUGGUUCUUUUAACUUUUGUCAGUAGCAUGCUAAGCUAUUGGGUGGCAUUUCCUUGGAGCAGUUUAGAAAAGGGACGAAUCUGUUACUCAAGUGCUUUGAGCUAUGUGAGUACUUGGCAAUAAGUUCUGCAGGGAAUUCUGCCUUGGAGUGGGGUAGUAAUUCUAUUCAGGGUAUAUAACAGAGAUUCCAGUAACAGGAAGCUGAUGAUGAUUUUGAAAUUGACCAGUUGUAUGUGUGUAAGCAGUUUCAUACACAACAUGAUCCAUGGUGACAUUGGGCAACUCUGUCCUAAUCCUUGUGGGUGAAGCUUUGUGUUUUUCUCAGGGUUCAGUCAGUGUAAUCAGAUUAUAUCCAAUGUUUGUUGUCCCCAUGAGAAACUGGGCUCUGGGAAAUCAACUAAUCUUAUCCAGUGGGGAAACACCAGUUGAGAGAGAGACACACACAGAGACAGACAGAGAGAGAAGGAGCAGAGAGGAAGAGACAGAAAGACAGAGAGGGAGAUAUUCUCUGGUGUGGUAACUAUACAAGAAGUAUUUGUCUUUGACAGCUGGAAAGAUGAGUAAAUCAGAUCAACUCCAUGAAAGAAUAAAUUGCUUGGUGAUUAUGAGCCUGAAAAUAGUCAAGCUGAUUAAUUGUAAAUAUCUGAAUUUAGUUUAGUGACUUGAAAAUUUUCCCUCCUUUGUAUAGGAAUGAAACUUUUCAUCCCUGAAAAAGAAAUUUGACACUAAUGGUUUUCAUUUUGCUUUCUUUUAAAGCUCAUGUUGAUAUAAUAAAAAUGUUCAAUCAUUACCUCCCUUCCUCUUUCUUGUUGAAUUAAUAUUUUUUCCCUGAAGGCUAGUAUUCUUAGUCUGUUUCUUUACAAUUUGGUUCAUUAGGCUAUUAGACUGAAACAUUUAACUCUCUGUUACUUGCAUAGACCUAGUGUUUCUGGGUCUCUGUUUCCUAGGAUGGCUAUGCAGAUGAGUUCAGAAUGUCUGGCAGAAUAGACAGAUCCAAUGUGUUUUGGUUGGCUAUUUGCUGAUAUAUACAUAGACUUGGUUACCCUGUAGACAAAAUAGGUUAGUUCUUAGCAGUAGUGAACACCUUGUUUAGAGGGUCCUUUUUAAAGCAGCAAAAUAAAAAUUGGUAUAAAUUCAUUAAAAUGAACAAAUGGUUACCCUAGGAUGUUCGACAGACUCUGAAAAGGAAAGAAGACUUGGAGUCAUGAGGAGAGUGGGGUUGAGGUUCAUUAGGAUCAUAGAAUUUAGAUCUAGAAGCUUAAAAAGAUGAAGUAUAACUGUCACUUUUUUUUUUAGUGAGGCAGUUGGGGUUAAGUGACUUGCCCAGGGUCACACAGCUAGUAAGUGUUAAGUGUCUGAGGCCAGAUUUGAACUCAGGUCCUCCUGACUCCAUGGCUGGUGCUUUAUCCACUGUGCCACCUAGCUGCCCCAUAACUGUCACAUUUUACAGAUGAAGAACCUGAGGUCCAAAGAGGAAAAUCACCCAUGCAAGGUCACAAAUCUGCUGUGCUAACUUACUGAUAUUUAGCAGAUGGUUUAUGCACAUUAAAAAGCAUGAAAAAGCCAAAUCACAGUUUAGUUCUCAACACCUUUUUUAUUCUGUUUUCAUAGAUUAUAUUAUUUAUAUUACUGAAUGCUAACUUCAGUUAUGACUAGUAUUUGCCCCAUAUUGAUUGCUCCAGAUGUCUUAGCUUGGCUUAGAUGAGUUGACCAAUCAUUCAAACAGUGCCAAUUUUGUUUCGCAAAAGAUGUGUUUUGCAAAAGUUUUCUUUGCUGGUCAACAGCUAUAAUCAGCCUGCUACCAAAGUUAAAACUGUUGAGUUGUCAUUUGACAAUUUAUGCAUAACAGUGAUUAAGGAAUGUGCUUUGCUCAGAAUAUCAUUAUGUACUCUGCUAAGUAAAUAUAACCCAGAUCAAGUUUCUAUUCUUUUAAGCAACCCCUCUGGGGUUACUUCCCCAACUCUCACUCAAAGGUCUGGUCCCCAGAAAAUGGGCACCUCUUCCUUUAGAGUUCUAGGGCUGACCUGGAGGGGCUGGGAUUUCUAAGAAUGGUCACUCACAAUCCCUCACUGGUAUGCUUUGCCAUUGACUACCAGCCAGUUGCUUCAAUUGGUUUUAGCAAAGAUAUUUACUAAGGUGGCCUAGUAAGAACAAUUGGUACAAAAUAUUUCCCCCAAAUUCAGGGUAUAUUUUCCCCAUACAUAUAUAAGGUCCAUAGGUACAAUAGGCUCAAGUUUCCAGUAUGAUGUUAAUGAGGUAUACAUGUAGAGACCAUGUGUGCCCAAAGGAUAAAUUCCCAGCUUGUGGUUACUGAAAACUGUCCUCUCUUCAUAGGGCCUUCAUGAAGUUUCCCUUGGGUGUAGCUCUCUACUGCAAGGAAGGAAGGAAACAAACAGUAAUUAAUUAUCUACU